AUGAUAAAGUCUACAGAGGCCGUUAAGGCGUAAGUUGCAAUGAGCUGGCUUAAGCUCAAAGAGCCUAAGUUAAAUUAUCUCUAGAGUUCAACAAAAAAAUCCAACCAAUACAAAGACCCAGAAAUGCAGCCUCUGUGCAAGACUUAAGUUCGAAAUAUGAUUGAUAAGAUCAAAAUUCUGAAGAAAAAUGAUGAGGAAGAAGCAGAAACAAAUAAGUUUGUACAUAAUCUUUACUUAAGAGUAGCAUUUAUUGCAGUGUUCAUAUACUUCUGUGCUUUUUCAGUUAUAUUACUAAGCGAGAAUGCUUUUGCUGAUAGAAAAUUUGUUGACCUAAAUAAUCUUCCACCUCUAUAUUCUACCAUUCAUAAUACUACUACCUAAUAAGAGUAAGGAAAAAUAAUAAAGACUGAGGAUGAUUAAGAAUUCUAAAAUAAACUAGUUAAUCCUAUUAGACAAAAAGCAUAAGAGAUCUUAGAUCAGACAUUUACAGCUUAAACUAACAAUAAUUUAACUAAGGUGGAUAAAGUUGAAGUUGUUCAAUCAGAAAAUCAAACAACCUCAUAAAGUGCUUAGGAUAUUUCAUUAAUAAUUCAAGAUACAUAAAACUUGGAAUAAUUAAAUAAAAAAAGUGAUGAAAAGGAGAUAAACGGAUUGAAAGUGAUUGAUUAGGAGAAAAAUAAUAAAACUAGCGAAAGUAAAAUUUGA